UGUCCUUGUAAAUGCUUCUUCAUGCAGUGAACAUGCACUGUGAGAUCUAGAGGGAGGGUCUGAGUGUGAGCAGAGUUUUUAUGCCUCUGUUUCCAUUCAUCGGACGCUCAGUGGCCCUUGACCAGCUUGGAUUUAACUGCUGAGCGACUGGCUAACAGGUGGGGGGAACAGUGAGAGCUCUGUGUGUGGAGGACAGAAGCAUGUUGAAGAUCCAGACCUUGUUGCUUGUUCUGGUUCUCUGUGCUGCAAGCUCGGAGGCCUGGUUUUGGUUGGUGCCCAAAGAAACGACGACAGAGGCCCCGACAGAGACAGGUGUGACCACCUCUGCAGCCAAUGGCACAAAGAAAACUGAGGUGGAGGAGGAUGACAACUUGUCUGGGGUCGGGGAAGAGAUCAUCAACGUAGCCACAGGAAUCCGUAAGUUUGUCCAGGCGUGGGACGGGACCACGACCACAACCACAACCACAACCACGACCCUGACCGCAAGGACUACUAACGGAGGCCUGACAGAGAAGGUGGAGAGCGCUAAACCUAACACCACGGGUAAUCCAGAAGAAAGUGGUGUCUCUUUGCUCCAGCUGAUUGGAGAUCCACCACCUGAUGAGAUCUCCAGAGUCUACGGUCCGGGCGGGCAUGUCUCCUAUGUCUUCACCCCCGGCGCCGUGUCGGGCCAGCCGGCUCUGGCCCACAUCCCCAGCCCCUUCCACCGCCACUUCUCCCUCGUCUUCUACAUCAAACCCUCCUCUCCCGCUGCCUCCGUCCUCUUUUCCAUCACUGACGGGCCUCAGAAGCUCAUGUACAUCGGCGUGAAGCUCAGCGCUGUGCGGUCCGGCCGUCAGAAGGUGCAGUUCUUUUACACCGAGCCUGACUCCGAGGCUUCAUACGAGGCGGCCAGCUUCGACGUGCCGAGCAUGGUGGACACAUGGUCGCGCUUUUCGCUGUCUGUCUUUGAGGAGACGGUGACUUUCUACCAGGGCUGUGACUCCGAACCGCAGAUGGUGAAGUUCGAGCGGUCACCGGACCCCAUGGAGCUGGACACUGGGGCGGGGAUCUUUGUGGGGCAGGCAGGAGGAGCAGACGCCGACAAGUUCCAGGGUGAGAUUGCAGAAUUCAAACUGGUUGGAAACCCUCGGGCAGCUGAGCGUUUAUGUGAUGAUGAGGAUGACUCUGAUGCUGCAUCUGGUGACUUUGGCAGUGGUGAAGGAGAGAGGAGACAGACAGGACACACAGUGAAGACCACUCCCGCCUCCCUGCGCCCCGUACCUGAACCCCCUCUGAUCUCCUCACAUGGAAGCAGAGCCAAAGAAUCAGGUCCUGGUGGUGCUAAAGGAGAGAAAGGAGAGAGAGGCCCAAAGGGGGACGUAGGCCCUGCAGGACCAAAGGGAGAGUCAGGCUCCAGCUUUGGAUUUGGUUCUUCCUCUGGGAGUGGAGACCGAGGACAGAAGGGAGAAAAGGGAGCAAAGGGAAGCUCUGGUUUUGGAUACUCAGGGAACAAAGGUGAUCGUGGGCCUCCAGGGCCUCCCGGGCCUCCUGGGCCUCCAGGACCUGCAGCUGAGGUGGUUCGACUCGGUGACGGUUCCGUUGUACAGCAGGUUUCCGGACCUUCAGGACCACCAGGGCCACCGGGGUCGGAUGGGGCCCCAGGACCUCCAGGAGCUGAUGGAGAGCCUGGUGACCCAGGAGAGGACGGAAAAACUGGUCCUGCAGGGCCUCCAGGUUUUCCAGGAACUCCAGGAAUUGCUGGUUCUAAAGGCCAAAAGGGUGAGCGUGGAGAAGGUCAACCAGGACCUAGGGGACCUCCUGGGCUUCCAGGACCUCCAGGACCUGGCACUGGCACCAGCACUGGCGAUCGUCCAACGUUCUUUGACAUGGAGGGAUCAGGAUUCCCAGACUUGGAAAGGUUCCGGGGUGCUCGUGGUCCCCCGGGCCCCCCAGGCCCUCCUGGCCCUCCUGGGACUUCAGUAGCUUUGGGAGCUAGCGGUCCUGUAGCUUUUGGACCUCCAGGCCCACCUGGAGCGGAUGGAGCACCUGGCCUACCAGGACGCCCUGGUCCUCCAGGUCCACCCGGACCACCAGGAUCUCGAGGAGAAAAGGGCGACAGCGGUGACCUCGGUCUUCCAGGAGCGGCUGGAGAAAAGCAAGCAUCGCAAGACUCCAACCCUUUCAGCAGCUUCUUCUCUUACUUUACUUCGUCCUCUACGGGUGCUCAGGGUGACACAGGAAGACAAGGAACACCAGGCCAGACUGGGCUCGCAGGGCUUCCAGGUCCAAUGGGACCAGUUGGACCUCCGGGCCCGCCUGGGCCUCCUGGACCGCCAUUCCGUUUUGGCACUGGUAACGAGGCUGUGUUUGAGGGGGGUGCUGGUUUGCCUGGCCCACCUGGACCACAGGGCCCACCUGGUGUUGCUGGUUUACCUGGUAAGCCAGGUUUACCAGGUAGCCAUGGAGACAAAGGAUCAGAGGGCCCACGAGGACCUCCUGGGUUCCCUGGACUGGACGGAGUCUCUGGACAGCCGGGUCAAAAAGGAGACAGAGGAGAGAGAGGCGAUCCGGGUCUGCCAGGACGAGAUGGCGGGCCCCCUGGACCUCCAGGGCCUCCCGGACCUCCAGGAAAAGUCACCUACCACACGUCAGACUAUAAUGACGUUUAUUGGAGCGAAGGGUGGCAGGGAGGAACACAAGGACGAGCAGGAUUCCCAGGGCCCUCAGGACCAAAAGGAGAUAAAGGAGAUUCAGGUCCACCUGGAUAUGCACCUAAAGGACAGAAAGGAGAGCCUGGCGUCAUCUUGGGAUCUGAUGGUAGACCUCUCUAUCUAGGUGGUCUAGCAGGGCUCCCGGGCGAAAGUGGACCUCCUGGCCCUGAGGGACCUCCAGGUCCAUAUGGUCCUUCAGGUCAGAAGGGAGAGAUUGGGCUUCCUGGGAGACCAGGUCGUCCAGGUCUGAAUGGUGUCAAAGGAGAGAAGGGAGAUUCAGGCACGGGGUCUGGAUAUGGUUACCCUGGUCCUCCAGGUCCACCAGGACCCCCUGGACCUCCUGGACCUGCUAGUCCCUAUGACAGGCAAAGCGGAUAUGACGAUUAUUCCAGAUCUUACCCAGCUACUAAAGGAGAGAAGGGUGAACGUGGCCCCCCUGGGACACUUGAAAUUCCAGGAUACGGAGCAUUUGAUUUUUAUACUUUAAGGAAUGAGAUGAAAGGGGAAACAGGCUUAAAAGGAGAGAAAGGAGAACCAGGCGGAGGAUAUUAUGACCCCCGUUAUGGAGGGAGCGGCUAUCCAGGACCACCUGGACCUCCUGGCCAACCAGGUGAUGCCAUCAUUGGCCCACCAGGCCCUCAGGGUCCGCCGGGUCCACCAGGAAGAGGCUACGAUGGGCAGCCAGGACCACCAGGGCCUCCUGGACCUCCUGGACCAUCCUUACCUGGAGCUUAUCGAGGCACACAGACUAUCAAUAUUCCUGGGCCACCUGGUCCUCCGGGUGCACCUGGGCUACCUGGACAUUCUUCUGGGGUAACAGUGUUGAGGUCUUAUGAUACCAUGACCGCCACAGCUAGGAGGCAACCAGAGGGCUCACUGGUUUACAUUUUGGACCAAACUGAUCUGUACUUACGAGUCCGAGAUGGUAUUCGGCAAGUCCAGCUUGGGAGCUACAUUCCUUUGCCCAGUCAGGAUGGUAAUGAGGUUGCAGCAGUUGAGCCUCCCCCAGUUGUCCCCUACUCUCCAGACCAUCACUCCCAUACCGAAACCCAACGGCAACCAGAGAGUCCGGUCCACACGGGCACCGAGCAUCACUCACAACCGGAUCAGCAUCACCACACACACACUGAUCCGCGCUACCCGACCAACCUUGAUCCCAGAUACCAGCCUGACAAUCGAUACCAGCCCGACAAUCGAUACCAGCCCGAUCCUCGGUACCCAGCACCCACAGAUCCAAGGUUUCCCAGUUACUCAGACCGGUUAAAUGAACCAGACGGCAGGUACUCUGUUUACACGACUCAGGCUCGCCCAGUGUACCCGGACACUCGCUACGCAGUCACUCAGAGAAGACCAUCUCCCCCUGAGCCCCAGAGCCCAGUCCACCAUCAUACAUCAGGUCCAGGGCUCCACUUGAUCGCCCUGAACAGCCCUCAGUCCGGCAUGAUGCGGGGCAUUCGCGGUGCAGACUACAUGUGCUUCACUCAGGCACAGGCUGCUGGAAUGAAGGGAACUUUCCGGGCUUUCCUGUCUGCCAAACUCCAGGAUCUUCACAGUAUUGUCCGCAAGGCUGACCGAGACCGAAUGCCAAUCGUCAACCUGAAGGACGAGGUUUUGUUUGACAACUGGGACGCCAUCUUUAAUGACCGCAGGAUGAAGGACAAUGUGCCAAUCUAUUCCUUUGACGGCAAAAAUGUUAUGAGUGACAACACAUGGCCAGAGAAGAUGAUGUGGCACGGGUCGACAAGCGCUGGGCUGCGGAACGUCGACAGCUUCUGUGAGACAUGGCGUGUGGGCGAACAUGCAGUGACUGGCAUGGCGUCAUCGCUGCAGAGCGGCAACCUGCUCCAUCAGAGCUCAAGCAGCUGCUCCAGCUCCUACGUGGUGCUGUGUGUAGAGAACAGCUACGUCGGCCACUCCAGGAGAUAGACACAGACGGACAACCCUCACACAGCAGUGGACAAAGCCAGCCACGCUUUAGUCCACACACACUUUUCUAUGUUUGUAAAUAUGUUGUUUUCACGUGAAUUAUGAGUUAAUGCUUGUUAGCCCUGCAUAUAUGGUGCUAAACAGGAUUAUUCCACAAGUUGAACCAAAGUUAAGCUCAGGUCAGACAGUAACACAUACAGCUACAGCAGGAAGAUUCACAGAAGCCUGAAAAAGGCUGCAUAAAUGAAUCAUUCAUACUUUUUCUGUUGUCAGCUUGUAGCUGGUAUAAUAUUAAUCAAAAUAUUAAAAUUAUGACGAUGCUAGACCAAAAACAGAUAUCUGGAGCUCAGAUAUCAGCCUCCAAAUUUUUCAUUCAUAAUUUGACUUCUUUCCUACUCAGAUAGUUCCCUGUAUGAUCUGGAGAAUUUUCAGAUUAGUUGCAGUUUUUAAAAUGUUCACUGAUAGGGAGGGAAAUAGAUAAACUAUUGUAAACAGCAGGACAGUCUCUGGAUUAUCUCAGUUUCCCAAAAACAAAAGGAAACUGCAAAUUUUGAAGAACAUUCAAUGCAAUAACAGCCCUUAAAUGGGGCGCCAAUGGCUUAGUGGUUAAAUUUGCAUGCCUCGUGUGGAGGUUGUCUCUGAAGCGUGCAGUCCAGGUUCAAGUCCAGCCCAUAGCUCCUUUUCCCAUUCCUUAUCUCUCCAGUUUCCUCAAUCCACACUUUCCCAUCUCGAUAAAGGUGCAAAUUAGCUUAAAAUAAAUCUUAGUAAAAAGAUGUCUCUUUCCAUAAAGAUGUCUUUUUCCAGGAGACUUUUGCCUUCAUCUGGAUAGGAUAGUAUGAGCCACAAGUCAGACUUGAACACAGGCCAGCCUCUUGGAGGACUGUCUUCUCUUCAGUGGUGUGCGACCUUGCCACAAGGCCAUCUAUGCCCAUGUUUAUUUCCUUUUAGUUGAAUUGAAAUGCAUAUUUAAUAUGCAUGCUCAUAUAUUAGCUUCCUACUUGCAACUUCAGUAAUGAUAACCCUUAUUAUAGACAUUAGCAAGAAAAUUACUUUUUCUUUACCAAUUAAUACUAUGACAUUAAGCAUUUAUGUUACCAUAUUUUAUGGUAGGCACGUCUGAUUUCUGACUCACAAAUAUUCAUAGUUGAAGAACUGCUUCGCACAUCUAUUUCUUAAGACAGGUGCAUCAGGGGGCAAACUAUCCCAACAAACAAAUUAAAGGACACUCCUGCAAACUGCCCAACUUGAAAGAAAAAAAGUGUCUAUUUGCAGCGUUUUGGUGCUAGACCUUCAUCAGGGAAAAACAGCACUGCCUGACUUAUUUUGCAAGUUGGACGGUUUCCUUAUAAUUGUUUGUUGCCCAAUAAAUCUUGACAUCUGAUCAUAUGCCAGAUAGAAUAAUUUCCAACGUUUCGAACACUCUGAUUUCAAAUAUGUAACUGUAAAUGAAAGACAUAAAUGUGGGCUCAUUCUUAAAAUAAACAAGUGAUUUUUUUAAUCCACGUGUGCCAAAAAAAUUGGACAAAACGGCUGUAUAAAAAGGCUGAUUUGCCUCUUUUGAAUAAAAUACAAGUGCCAGCACCUGAAAAGCAGUGCUACUCACAGUUUAAUUAAGGUUUCCUGUACCUUAAAUGCCACAUUUCCUCGUUAUAUGCAGUAUUUGCCAGUCUAGAGCUUAAUCUGGAAUAAAAUGGUGCAAUCAUCCAGAGAUUUCUGCAUCCAAAAGCCAGAUAAACACACGUUUAUAUAUGUGAAAUGUAUGUUUUUUAACUUCUUUCUUUACACUGUUAUCUGUAACCAAAAGCACUUGAGUAACAGCUUUUUUAAUUUGCUACUGUCUUUCUUGGGAAGAUAUUUUCAAAUCAUUUUUAGCAAUAACAAAGGGAUAUUUAUUUUUAUAAACUGUGCAUUUUCUAGUUCAUCUGUAAUGUGUGAUAAUGGUUCACAAUCAAUCCAGCAAACCUACACAAUAAAGUGUACUGAAAACAUACAAGGGACCAAUUUGUGCACAACAAAUUCAUGUUAUAUACAGAUUUCUGCAGAGGAUUCAGCCAUACUAUUUUUGUCAAUGCACUGUUGCUUUUUAUAUUUUAUUUCCUGCUUUUAAUUUCAGAACAGUGAAUGCACUGCAGCCUGAAAAGAGUGGAGAGGAUACAAACACUGGCGUUUCACUACAGUUGGGAUUAAAGUGGCAUUUUUUAACCAGCAGUGCCAGUUGAAUGCAAUCAUGUUAAACAUUUUACUUCUGUUAUUCUCCUUGUGUGAGCAACUUUGUGAAAUGCUGCAAAUUUUUUAAUAAACCAGUGUGGAAAUUGUGA